CAGGCCGGUAUAAGAAGAGUCUCCACUCAUUUGCGGUUCUGUCAAAUUCAUCCCCCUUUUCCUCGAAACCGCCUCCGAUUCUGCUGUCUGUAACUAGGAUGGCUGCAGCUGAUCGCACCGUACUCGUGCUUGGGGGAGCCGGCAUUGUCGGCUCAGGCAUCGUCAAAGUUCUGCUGGAGAAAGGCUUCCGUGUGGCAGUAAUAUCCAGAGAUGCAGCUCGUUUAGAGAAACUAAAAAACUUUGUCUCAACUGCCGCAAGAUCCAGGCUUUUUACACUAGUUGGAGACGUAGGUUCAGAAGAGGGUGCAGAAGCCGCUAAAAAUGCAGUCCUGCAGGCUGUUGAGAAAGUGACAGAUAUUGUGUCAUCCCUGGGGUUCAGCUGGUGGCAGGGUGGCCCUCCUCACACUCAAACACUGGAAGAGCUCAAUAGGGUUCUGAACACACUGGUGCUGAGCACUUUCACAUCCUGGAAGGCAUUCUUUCCGCUGGUUAAAGAUAACCCCCAUGGAUCAUACACAUUUAUAACUGGUGGUGCUGGGGACCGCCUACUGAUGCCUGGGACUGGAUUCUUGACCGUGGGAGCUGCGGGAGCUCUGGCAUUCUGCCUGGUUGUCAGAGAGGAGUACUCUGACGUCCCAUGCAAACUGAAUGAGGUGAAGUUCAACAUGGGUGUUGCGACCCCAGAUCGGAUUGCUGCUGGCUUUGCCAAUCACCUGGAUGUUGGUGAAGCCAUGGCCAGUAUUUUGGAGAAGUCAUCUGUUUCCCACUACGUAUUCUGUGUGAAUACCCCAGCUGAGCUGAAAGUCUUGAUCACAGAGGGGAAAAUCUGAACCUGAAGACCCUUCAAAUCUCUGUACCAAAUCAGCAUUCAACAUUCUGUACUGCAUGUAUAGUUUAUUAUUAAUUUUAAAGUCCUGUAAUACUACAGUGGUGUGCACUGUAUUAUAAAACCAGUGAUAUGUCUGCCAAUGCUUGUUGAUUCUUGCACUUAAACUGAAACAGAUUAAGAUCACCUAUCUCCAUUUUGUUUCAUGUUACAUCGCAUCCAACCUAUUCAAUCCAAUUGCUUCCUUCUAGCAUUUAUGCCUUACCUAAGGUUCUCCCCGUCCUUUUUUCCCAUUCAAUCUUACGUCCCUUUCACCUCCUUCUCAUGCUUGUCCAGUCUCCCUUCAACCACUUCCUUUGGUAGUGAGUUCCCCAUUCUCAUCACUCUGAGUGGUUUUGAAUUCCCUUUGGUUUUCUUGUAGGUUGUUUUCCCUGGAUGGACUCAGUGAUGGGUGGAUAGGCCUCCCCUCACAAGUGGAAAUUGUUCCUCCAGAGCUUCUCUGUCAAAAACCUGCAUAUCUUAAUGGUCUGCACAAGGUGACAAUUUAUCCUUUUCCAAAGAGAAAUGGGACCCCUUUAUUGGAUAGGUAUAUUAGCAUGCCAUCUUUCACACAUGAAGUCUACCACAGCCUACAAAGUUUCAGCAGCUUCAUUUGGACAUAGAAUAAUUUUCACAGAAAGAGUUAAGGCUGGAUCUGGGUUGAUCAUAGUUUGAACUGCAUCCUUUGUAAAGAAAAGGCCUUAUAGAUCUGUCAUUGAAUACUGAUUUAUGUUUGUUUAGAAAUCAUCUUAUUAGUGCAUUUACAACUUUUGCUUAUAUUUCACAUCCUUCAAUUUUAAGGAGAUCAGGUCUAAAUUGUUGAUUAGUCUGUGGGUGUCACACUUAAGCAGAACGAUAUUCACACUACAGUGCCGGAAUAUAUAAAACUCUUCUGUUUUUAAAAACGUAAACACGAGAGAACUCUUCUGUUGCUUUCUCUCUGCCCUUGGAUAUUCCAGAAAUACUUCAGAUGUACAGUAAAAUAAUGUUCGAUAUCAUUUUUAAUCCUGAUCAUAAGGAUGUUUGAGCAGGAUAUCAUACUUGUUCAUUGUGUAAAUGACAAUUGGCUGUUAUUAUGAAGACAGUAUGCAAAAACAUCUCAGCUGAAAAGAAAGAAUGAGAUGCUUUGCCAUUCAAAUCGACCCUCUCCAAACUUAUUCAAGAGUAUUUGGCUCUUAAAUUGUGUAUUGUGUCAAGAUAAAGGGUUAUGGAUGACUUCCUUAACUAACAUCAACCUUAAAUAUUAUUUAAUAGUCUGAGUGAAAUACUUGGAGGGAAUAUCAGCUUUAUUUUGAAUAACUGCCCUUCAUGUAUUACUUAGAAAAAAGAGAAACUAUUCUUUAGACUGUUAAGUGAUAAAGGUAGUUUAGUUUGUGUCCUUACAAGAUUAUAAAAUGGACCAUACAAAGAUAUAUAAUUUGCUCGAGUUCAAAGAACUUCAAAUGAUUUUCAUGAAACCUUUCAGUUUACUGCAAAGGCAAUUGCUUUGGCUACCAACAUAACAGCAUAAGGAAUGUAAGUAAGAGUAGGUCAUCUGCCCUGCUGAGACUGCACUACUUUUCCAUAGGAUCAUUACAGAUCUGUCUUUGAACUCAGCUCCAGCUACCUGCCUUUCCCCCACAACCCUUAAUACCCCUGCUAUUCAAUAAUCUAUCUAACUCUGUCUCAGAUAAAUUUAAUGAGGUGGCCUCUACUGCUUCCCUGGGUAGAGAAAUCCACAGAUACAUGACAUAUUAUGGGAAAAGCAGCUUCUCCUCAUUGUCAUCCUAAAUUUAUUCCCCUGAAUCUUGAGGCUAUGUCCCCUAGUUCUAGUCUCUCUAGAAUCCAAUUAUAUUCCACAGUUUCAUUCUUAGAAAAUUAAGAUCAAUUAAUUCAAAUUAAAUUUAUAAGCAACAAAACCAGCAAUCAGAAUCUGAAUCAGAUUUAGUAUCACUGGCAUAUGUUGUGAAAUUUGUUGUUUUUGCAGCAGCAGUACAAGGCAGUACACAAUAAUAAAACUGUGAAUUAUGGUAGUUAUAUAUAUAAUUUAAAAAGUAAUGUGGUUCGUGGGUUCAAUGUCUAUUCAGAAAUCUGAUGGCAGAGGGGAAGAAACUAUUCCUGAAUCAUUGAGCGUAUGCCUUCAGGCUCCUGUAGCUCCUUCUUGAUGGAAGCAAUGAGAGAGAACUGUAGUAUUGCUGUCAGUGCUGAUAAUUUAGCUGACACUAACAGGUGUCAGUUUGGGUCAGUACUUUUCUAAGAUCCACACAUGAAUCAAGGGAUAGUUGUUUAUAUUGUUACCAAGAUUUUUAAAUUCAUUUAAGGCAUAUCCUCCCUUGCAGUAUUUUAUAUUUUUGGUACUGAUGUAAGCUGCCCACUUCUUUAUUCAAAUUGUAAGACUUUAACCAUUUGCCAUUCUUAGUGAGUGCUUUUAGCUAAUAUUACAUAUUCAUUACAGUAGGUAAGUAACUAAUCUGACUGUGGUCUGGUGUCUUUUUAAAAAAAAUAUUUCUUACAUGAAUUUCUUACUGUAAAUUGAUAUUAGUCAAUUUUGUUACAUGAUUUAAUAAAGAUGAA